GCCUUUUUCCAUUAUAAGGAAAAAGUAUGAUAAGAGAUUUUGUAAAAAUUGUAUUUUUUUGUUUGUUUGUUUGUUUGUUUCUUUAUGAUUGAAUUAUGUGUUAAAACUGUAAACCAUUAUUAACCAGACAAACCUAAAGAUGUUAUUUUGCACAACAUUACCUAUUGCAGAAAAUCAAACAAAUACCUGUGACCAAGUGAUUGAAGAAAUGAAAAGGUUCCACGACAGCAGCAAUCCAAAUACUAUCGGUUGUUCAAUCUACAACAAAAAGGAGAAAAAAAUCAUAGACAGCAUUACAAUAUGUGCAAAGAAACCUGAGACUUACAAAUUUGUGCAUGUUGCCAUGGCUGUGAUUUUUAUAAAUCUAAGCAUGGUGCCAGAUGGUCAUGUACCAAUCAACACUUCAAAGCUAUUAAAUGAUACUAAAGCACCACAUAUAUGGAUCCCAGUGGAGCCUUUCAAAAAUGUCCCAGAAGAGGAGCGGAAACUUGGUGUAGUUGUCUACGAUUUUGAUGAGCAAUUCACUUGUGAGCAUAGAAGCCUGAUUAUAACAUCUAAAGUCGUACGGAUUGAAGUUCCUGGGCAUGACUUUGUGAAUUUGAACGAUCGACUUAUAAUACAGUUCCCAGUCAAUAAGACAACUAAAAAUGGCAGUUCCUGUGAAUUCUAUGAUGAAAACAGUACAGAAAACACCUGGAAAACUGAUGGGUGUUCUACCAAACAGAUCAGUGAUAAUGUUGUGAAUUGUUCCUGUAAUCAUAUGACUCCAUUUGCUGUGCUUAUGGUUAAUAUGAAUAACAUUGAUGAACAACAGUGGGAAAUCAUGUCAUACAUCAGCUAUGUAGGCUGCAGUCUGUCUGCCGUCUUUUCUGCUGUUUCCAUAUUGUCCUAUAUUGUCAACAGUAAUGCCAGGAAAGAAGUGUCCAGACGCAUCCAUGUGUCUCUGAGUGCUGCUCUGAUUCUCCUCAACAUCAGCUUCAUGCUCAGUGAAUGGGCCGCCACACUGAAAAUGAAUGAAGUUUGUGUGUUUAUUGCUGUGACGAUACACUACAGUCUGUUGUGUUGUUUCACCUGGAUGGCCAUUGAAGCUCUGCACCUCUAUCUUCUUCUGGUCAGAGUCUUCAACAUUCACAUCAAGCAUUACAUGGUCAAGCUCUCUCUGAUUGGAUGGGGAGUCCCGGCUCUUCUUGUUGGAUGCUUGCUAUCAGUUCAGAGCACUCGAUCUGUGUAUGGUACCCAAAAUGUCACAUUAACAGAUACCAAUAAAACAAAUGCAGUCUGCUGGACAACAGAUGCUGUCAUCCCUUAUGUGAACAUUUCCUACUUUAUCCUUGUGUUCCUGUUCAACACCGUAAUCCUGAUCCUAGUGUCCAGAUUAAUCUUUAGGCUACGAAAAUCAGACAACGGACCUAAGAGCAAAACCGCUUGCAAGAAUGCAGGCACAGUUCUUGGUUUAAUGUGUCUGAUGGGUACCACGUGGGGUUUGGCCUUUUUCACCAUGGGAUAUACAAACUAUCCUAUUCUCUACCUCUUCUGCAUCUUCAACUCAGCACAAGGGUUUUACAUCUUUCUGUGGAUGUGUCUGAAAGGGAGGACUAAAAAACAGCAAGAAAAUAUGAGGACUGCUAUCAGUGACGUCAAUAAACAAAACUAACCUUAAAUCACUUUGAAAUCAACAGAUUGUAUGUUGCAGCAAAACCAAAGUGGUAUACAGUAAAUGUUUUAAAUAUAGUUUAAUUAUUUACUUUAUGGUUUAUAAUAGUUUCAUUGAAGUUUAAAAAAACAACAACACUUUAUUCAUUUUUAAGUAAGCGUACUGUUUAAAUGAAUGAAAUUUAAGUGAAGUUUUAAAUUAAAUGCUUGGACAUACAAUAUUGUAUACAUGUUUUAUUUAUACUCUUUAUUCAAUAUUAUACAACAGGGCUGCAUUCAGCCCCGUCAAACUUAGCACAACGUUUUUUAAACAAAAACGGUGAUGUGUUGAACACCCUGUUCUGAUGACGCAAAAGUUGCAACUACGGUAAAUUGCCAAAUUGCGUCCUAUGCUGUCACUCCUGGUGGCUGAAAAGUUGGUCAAUAUCUUUGUGUUUUCUUGCAUUGAUUAUUGUAAUGCUUUGCUGGUUGGGGUCUCAAACGCUCCCCUAAAUAAAUUGCAGCUCGUUCAAAAUUCAACCGCCCAAAUCCUGACAGGAACCAGGACGGGGACCACAUCACUCUUUUAACUUAUUUUGAUAGUAUGUUCUUAUUUGGUGUGUUUUUAUUUCCUACUUAUUUGAAUGCAUUGUUUGUAUAAUAGUAUGUUUCCUUUUUCUUCUGUGAAUCACUUUGAGAUGCUAUUUUUAAAGGCGCUAUAGAAAAUAAAGUUUAUUAUUAUUAUUAGGGAUACACCGAAAUGAAAAUUCUUGGCCGAAACCGAAAAAAAGGAAACCAAGGCCGAAAAACCGAAACCGAAACACCGAAAUAAAUUAUUAUGCCAAUUAUUAGUACAAUUGCAUUUAUGGCUAUCACUGUGUACUAACUUUACUAGGGGUGUGUGACGAAUAAAAAAAAACUCACAGUUCGGAUCACAUUACAGUUUUUGAGGCACAGAUCAGAUUAUUUUUCGGAUCAGCAAAAAGGUGGGAAAAAUCUAAUAAACAAUAAAGAAAUUGCAAACAUUUAUAAAAAAGAACAAAGUUGUACAUUAAUAAGGUCUGAAAUUAGCAUUUUAACACAACUGAAUGCUAUUUUCACAUAUUAUCUGUUCUGUUGUCAGACAUAUAGUGGCGUUUUCCCAGACAGGGAUUAGACUAGUCCUAGACUAAAAUAAAUAUAAGAGCUGUCCAAACUGAAAACAUCUUGCACUGACAUAUCUUUAAAUACAUCAGUGCCUUUAGUUUGUCCUCAAAAUGCAUGUUUUUAGUAAGGCAUGUUUGUUUAAACUAAUUAUAUUUCCUAAUUAAACUAAGGUCUAGUUCUGGCUUAAGCUAUUCUCUGUCCAGGAAACCACCCCAAAGACUAUUAAAAUAGUGACUAAACAUGACCCAAUAACCUUGUGUUUAAUCCAACCAGCUGUUACUUUAACUACUAAGUUACUAAAAUCUUGAUUUAUAAACGAGACAUCGCAGACAAUUCGGCGCAAAUUACAAAAUUGCCAUUACACAGAGUUACUACAGAAGGCAUGCGCGGGCAUAGGAGAGAGAGAGCUCGCGCACAAGCACACAGAGAACCAGUGUGUGUGGGAAAACACUGCUAACCUUUCAUGAUAAACUCGAAUCAGUCGUCUUCUUUGUCAGUAACAUCUGACGUUUACGCGAAAAUGCAAGUACACAGAGGAAUCCGCAUGGAAAACACAGCCAACUUUUAAUUCUUUCACUCAGUGUCAUGUAUGAGAGGCGCUGUCUAGGGGCUUCACGCACAGAGAGAGAGAGAGAGAGAGAGAGAGAGAGAGAGAGAGAGAGAGAGAGAGAGAGAGAGAGAGAGAGAGUGCACAAGAGAGGCACCACCGAGCGCUCACAACAAUAAAUGAAGCCGUUUUAAAUGAAAACAAAAAUGUAAAUGUUGCGACCAUUGUUGAUUUUGUGGCGCACACAAACAAAUAAAUGUAUGGAUAACACUGCCAGGAGCAGAAGCCGCCAUUACGCGAGAUUAAUGUAAACAGCGUGACGCGUCGCGUAGUCGACGUAAUCGAUGACGUCGACGCGUCGUUGCAGCACUAUUGAGCACGAAGGGGAGGGGUGGGAAACGACUGAUCACCGUGAGUGAAACCCAAGCGCUAGCGCGGUUGACAUUCAUUUUCGGUUUACAUUUUCGGCUGGAUUUU